AUGAAAACGUAUAUCGAUCUUAACACGGAAAUGCGAAAAAGGGCCAAUUCAACUUUUCAGAAAAAUUUCUACAAGCUAAUGAACGUCUCUGUAUUUGGCAAAACCAUGGAGAACGUCAGACUUCACAAGGACAUUGAACUGGUUCAUACAGAAAAGAGACUACAAAAGGUCACUGCCAAAGCUACCUAUAAGCACACCAUCAUCUUCAGCGAGAAUCUAGUCGCGGUAGAGCUACAUAAGGCAAAGGUUGCCCUAUUUAAACCGAUUUACUCAGGUUUUUGCAUACUUGACCUGAGCAAAUGCCUGAUGUACUACUUUUGGUAUAAUUAUAUCAAACGAAGGUAUGGGAACGUGAAAUUAUGUUUAACCGACAUAGACAGCCUUUUAUUCUCAUGCCAAACGGAAGACCUAUAUCAUGACAUGAAGACGUCGGCGGAGUAUUUCGGCACUUCGGACUAUCCCGAGGAGCAUUUCCUCCAUAGUGAUCGUAAUAGAAAAGCCUUAGGAAAAAUGGAGGACGAGACGAAUGGGAAACCUAUUGCGGAAUUUGUCGGACUUCGAUCUAAGAUGUAUAGUUUCACAUGUGAUGGAGAUGAAUUUAAAAGAGCGAAGGGUAUUUCCAAAGUGACAGUAAAAAGGAACUUAAAACACGAAUUUUAUAAGAAUACUUUUUUCAAUGAAACGGCAAUGAUCUCUUCCAUGACUGCUCUUAGGAGCCAUAAACAUAAACUGUUUGGUGAGACGAUUCAGAAACAGGGACUCUCCGCUUUCGAUGAUAAACGGUAUCUCUUAAACGCGGUAGACAGUUACGCCUAUGGACAUUACAAAAUUAAGCACGAUACAUCGAACAAUCACGAUAGUGCUAGUGCGGAGAAUGAAUGGGAACAAAUAUGUAAUAUUGCUGAGGAAUUCGAACACGAGUUCAACGAUAAUUUUAAUGUAUUGUCUGAACGUGCAUUCACGAUUAACGACAUGAAAAUUACACCCUUACUUAAAAAGUAAUGUCUACACAUUUAUUAAAGUGAUACAAUUAUCCGUAAACAGUCUUUAAAUAACUAAACGCAAUGGUUGAAUAAAUAGAUGUUAAGUUUAAUAAGGUAUUUCGUACUUUUUAAAAAAAAAUCAAUCAUGAACGCAUUAAAUAAAAAAAGUUAAGGUUU